ACUGGGUAAAUCUCUAGCGCCCGCUGCGCGGUGGGUUUCUAGCUGGCGAAGCUGCGGGAAGUCCGCGCCCGCUCAGACUUCACGGGUUCCUCCGUGCUUCUCCAAAAAGAAUCCCUUCCCCUCCCUGCCCCAGGGUCGGGGGGAAGCGGCGUGUUCCGUGGUGGGUAGCGGAGCGCGGGGUCGGUCUGGAACGCCAUGAGCAGCCCGGAUGCGGGAUACGCCAGUGACGACCAGAGCCAGCCCCGGAGCGCGCUGCCCGCGGUGAUGGCCGGCUUGGGCCCCUGCCCCUGGACCGAGUCCCUGAGUCCCCUCGGGGACGUAAAGGUGAAAGGCGAGGUGGUGGCGAGUAGCGGGGCGCCAGCCGGGACCUCGGGCCGAGCCAAGGCUGAGUCUCGCAUCCGGCGGCCGAUGAACGCCUUCAUGGUCUGGGCCAAAGACGAGCGCAAGAGGCUGGCACAGCAGAACCCGGAUCUGCACAACGCAGAGCUGAGCAAGAUGCUAGGCAAAUCCUGGAAGGCGCUGACGCUGGCGGAGAAGCGGCCUUUCGUGGAGGAGGCCGAGCGGCUGCGGGUGCAGCACAUGCAGGACCACCCCAACUACAAGUACCGGCCGCGGCGGCGCAAGCAGGUGAAGCGCAUGAAGCGGGUGGAGGGAGGCUUCCUGCACGCUCUCGCGGAGCCUCCGGCCGGCGCGCUGGGGCCCGAGGGCGGCCGAGUGGCCAUGGACGGCCUGGCCUUGCCUUUCCCGGAGCCCGGCUUCGCGGCCGGCCCGCCGCUGCUGCCCCCCCACAUGGGCGCCCACUACCGCGACUGCCAGGGCCUGGGCGCGCCCUCGCUCGACGGCUACACCCUGCCCACUCCGGACACAUCCCCGUUGGACGGCGUGGAGCAGGACCCGGCCUUCUUCGCCGCCCCGCUGCCGGGGGACUGCCCGGCGGCCGGCGCCUACCCCUACGCGCAGGUCUCGGACUACACGGUGCCCGCAGAGCCUCCCGCCGGCCCUCUGCGAGUGGGGCCGGACGCCCCGGGCCCCGGGAUGCCGGGGAUCCUGGCGCCCCCUAGCGCCCUGCACCUGUACUACGGCGCCAUGGGCUCGCCCCCGCCGAGCGCCGGGCGAGGUUUCCACGCGCAGCCCCAGCAGCCGCUGCAGCCGCAGGCACCACCACCGCAGCAGCAGCAGCAGCCGCAGCAGCCGCAGCAGCACCCGGCGCACGGCCCCGGGCAGCCUUCGCCCCCUCCCGAAGCUCUGCCCUGUCGGGACGGCACGGAACCCACGCAGCCCACCGAGCUCCUAGGCGAGGUGGACCGCACGGAAUUCGAACAGUAUCUGCACUUUGUGUAUAAGCCCGAGAUGGGUCUUCCCUACCAGGGACAUGACUGCGGUGUGAACCUCUCAGACAGCCACGGGGCCAUUUCCUCCGUGGUGUCCGACGCGAGCUCGGCGGUCUACUACUGCAAUUACCCUGACAUUUGACGCUUGCCGACCCAGAUCUGCGGGCCAGAAGCAGUGUUACCCACUUCCUGGAAGCUGUUUUGUUUUUAAGUUGCCUUGGCACAUAAUUUAUGGUAAUUUAUUUUGUCUGCCGCUUGAACAGUUGAGGGGCCACAUGAGAUUUUGUGUGAAGUGCAUUGAGGGGCUUGUUCCCCACAUCACUGUCCAGUUUCAACCAGUUUUUAAUAUCUCACCACCUUAAUUCCAUUUCUUGAAAGUGUACUGAUCCCAAGAAAUUUUGUCAUGGUUUUUUUUUUUUUUUUCAAUCUUAAAUAAAGU